UUCUCUUUCUACUUACUUCCCAUUCACGGUCUCAGUGGCAGUGAGUUGAGCCAGCACUGAUUCGAGAAGAAGCACAUUGCAGACUUGAGGACUCCCUACGUCGGGGUGAAACCCAGCUCAGACUUGAGAACUCCCUGCCUCAAGAUGAAACCGAGCACAGACAUGAGGACUCCCUGCCUCGAGGUGAAAGCCAGCUCAGACUCGAGGACUCCCUACCUUGAGGUAAAGGCCAGCUCAGACUCGAGGACUCCCUGCCUCAAGGUGAAACCCAGCACAGACUUGAGGACUCCCUGCCUCGAGGUGAAACCCAGCACAGACUUGAGGACUCCCUCCCUUGAGGAGCUAAGGACUCCCUGCCUCGAGGUGAAACCCAGCUCAGACUUGAGGACUCCCUGCCUCGAGGUGAAACCCAGCUCAGACUUGUGGACUCCCUACCUUGAGGUAAAGCCCAGCUCAGACUCGAGAACUCCUUGCCUCGAGGUGAAACCCAGCACAGACUUGAGGACUACCUGCCUCAAGGUGCAGCCCAGCUCAGACUCGAGGACUCCCUGCUUCGAGGUGAAACCCAGCUCAGACUCGAGGACUCCCUACCUUGAGGUGAAGCCCAGCUCAGACUCGAGGGCUCUCCACCUCGAGGUAAAGCUCUGCAUAGACUCGUCUGUUCCAUCUGCUUUUAUUUUGUUUUCACUCUUUCUCUGCUUUAGAACUACUGUUAUGCUGAAUUUUGAACUUCAUUUCUUUAUUUUUUCCAAUUUAUACCUAAGCUUUUGUACCUAGGCACCUUUGUACCUAAGGUGGUGCUGGAAAUGGUGAUGUUGUACACUUUUCACUGUACUCAU